UCAUACUAUUUGGCUUUGUCUCAUUUUAUUGUACUUUGGUUUAGCUAAACUACAAAAGAUGAUUAUAGCUCGAGUCACUUUGUUCACUUUGGCUCUUUCGAUGAUGUUCAAGUUCUCGACGUGCCAUCUCUUGAAAAGCUCAGUUACAUGUCUCGACUGUCCUACCGGCUCUGACCUUGCAGGCAUAAAGAUACUAGUCAAGUGCAACCAAGUGAAAAACUUAGCAUUGGCUACAACCAAUGGGUAUGGUGCCUUUGAGGCACAAUUACCAUCAAGCAAUUGUGAAGCCAAGAUCUUGGGGGGACCCAAACAACUCUAUGUUUCAAGAAAGACCAUGAUCACUAGUAUCAUGAAGGUCCAUGAGACUGACUCCUACACCACAUCUCAACCAUUGAGCUUCUAUACAACUUGCCCUUGCUCAAAAAACCAUGAUGGGAAAUGUGGGACUGAAAACGAUGCUGUAGGAAGGAACAUUGGGUCGUCGAAGACCAUUGAUCUGCCUUUGCCUAGAGAAUGGGGAUUGGCACCUUCUAGCUAUUAUGUUCCCUUCAUCCCUAUCAUCGGCAUCCCGUGAUUUGAUCUUGACUUUUGGGCAUAUGUUUAAAUUUAUUUCAACUGUUUCAUGUCUCAUAAUAUUCAUUGUCUUAAGUUGUGUUAGUGUGUACCCAUCGAGUAAUAUAUAUGUUAAAUAACUUGUAUCUAUGUAAUAAGAUGUAUAAUAUGCAUACUUAAGUUAUUACUUAAUUAAUGUUCAUAUAU